CCAAUCAGCGCCCGGAGAUUAUUCACCACAGGAAGUCGUCAUCGCUGGCUGAGUAGAAUUCCCGCGAAGACUCUGACUGUUCCCAUCAUGAGUAAGAGGAAGGUGCAAGAUGCUCAUCUUCCAGUGGGAGAAUGCAUCACACAGGUUCAGAAGAUUUUAAGGGAGAGGCUCUGCCAUCAGCGGCUCCCUGAUAAGCCAGAGGGAAUAGAAGCUCAACACAGACACCUACUGGAGCUGCUGAAGCGCACGGCCAUCCACGGGGAGAGUAACUCGGUGCUAAUCGUCGGUCCCAGAGGAGCAGGAAAAACAAUGCUGCUCAGGUGUGUGUUGAGAGAUCUGCUGGAGGACAAAGAAGCACAGAAGAGCCUGCUACAGGUUCAUCUCAACGGUCUCCUGCAGACUGAUGACAGAAUAGCACUGAAAGAAAUAACACGACAGCUCCACCUAGAAAACGUCGUGGGAGACAAAGUGUUUGGGAGUUUUGCAGAAAAUCUGGGUUUCCUGCUGGAGGCACUAAAGAAAGGUGAUCGCAGCAGCAGCCGCCCCGUGCUCUUCAUCCUGGAUGAGUUCGACUUGUUCGCCCACCACAAGAACCAGACUCUCCUCUACAACCUGUUUGACGUUUCACAGUCCGCCCAGGCGCCCAUCUCCGUGGUCGGCAUCACCUGCAGACUGGAUGUUCUGGAGCUGCUGGAGAAGCGGGUGAAGUCGCGGUUUUCCCACCGUCAGAUCCACCUCCUGAGCAGCGCCACGUUCGCACGGUACGUGGAGUGGGUCCAGACGCAGCUCAGCGUGCCGGAUGAUUUCCCCGACACAAAGUUCGCUCAGGAGUGGAACGAUGGUAUCAAGAUUUUGUGUGAGGACAAAUCAGUCGAGGAGGUUUUACAGAGACACCACAACUCCAGCAGAGACUUCCGUUCAAUGCACAUGCUGCUGAUGUUGUGUCUGAGUCGUGUCUCUGUUGCCAAACCCGCCAUCAAACCUUCCGACCUCCUGGAGGCCAGCAGGCUGUGUUUUGCUGACGCCAAGGCGAAUAUGCUCCAUGGUCUGUCCAUCUUGGAGCUGUGCCUGAUCAUCGCCAUGAAGCACCUCAACGACGUCUACGAAGGAGAGCCGUUCAACCUGCAAAUGAUUCACAACGAGUUUAAGAAGUUCCUGCAGAGGAAGUCAAACUCCAUGUACAACUUUGAGCAGCCGGUCAUCAUGAAGGCCUUCGAGCAUCUGCAGCAGCUGGAGUUGAUCCGACCGGUCGACGGCUCCUCGGCUAAAACCCAGAGGGAAUACCAGCUGAUGAGACUCAUGCUGGACCACAGUCAGAUCAUGGAGGCUCUGCAGAAGUACCCACAAUGCCCCACCGACGUCAAGCAGUGGGCCAUGUCGGCGUUCGGUUAGACGAAGUUAAGCCUCAGUGUUUGGAAAAGUUGAUGCUAAAGAAAGAAGCUGUUGAUGUUUCUGUGAUUUUUCUUGGAUUGGAGAAAAACGUGGCUGAUGUCAGGUCUGGAUGUGUAAUCUACUCAACCAUUAUAUUUAACGCCUGGAUAUGUUUAUUGUAUUAAAUGAUCAACUAUCACCAAAUAAAAAGUGUAAAGUCA